GCUCCGGAGCGCGGCACUGUUGUUUCUUGGGCCGCCGCGGGGCUCCGGGCAAACCGCUCCGGUCCGGCGGCACUGAGAGAGGUAGCCGGUGGCUCUUGCCUGCCCCGCUGCGGCCCAGCGCCGUGACAAAGCAUCGGCCUUCCCUUACCCCGUCCCUUCCUCCGCAAGCGUCUCCUAGCGCCGCCCGGCCUUCCUGACAAACCCUCCGCCUAGGGCCGGCACCGAGUACUCCCUACUCCCCGCCACUGCCAGCUUCCUCCCCCGGCCCCGCACCGCCGGAUCCCCUCUAUGCUGGGCAGUAAACAUGGUUUCAGGGUUAGAGUGAAGGAAUCACAAGGCAAGCAAGCAAGUCUUGUGAGAGAGAAUCACAGGACGUGGCUCUUUUCAAAGUGGUGAUUAAAGAACUUCUUGGUGUGAUGCACUAAUCUUAUUGACAACCUUUCUGCCAGUGGAUGUAGUUUGUAUGGAAGUUUGCUGUCUUUUCACCAUUUUUUAAAGCAGAGGCCAGAGCCUGGGCCCUGCUUGCUUCAGCAGUCAGAAGUCAGUGGCUGAUGACUGAAUCUCAGACCUCCUAAGAGACUGACCACGUGUGUAUUUUCAGAUGCACCCUCUCUUAUGAGCAGCAGAAACCUAUGAAGAUGAGAAGAGGAAGCUUAAACCCAGUUCCUGAGAUGUGAAGAUGAAGUUUAAGCCUGGUUUCAGAGUCUUGAGUAUAAACUUACGUAAGUUCUAAAAAUGGGAAGAAUUUUUCUGGAUCAUAUUGGUGGCACUCGCCUGUUCUCCUGUGCAAACUGUGACACAAUUCUGACCAAUCGUUCUGAGCUCAUCUCCACUCGUUUUACGGGGGCUACAGGAAGAGCCUUUCUUUUUAAUAAGGUGGUAAAUCUGCAGUACAGUGAAGUCCAGGAUCGGGUCAUGCUCACUGGCCGCCACAUGGUUCGGGACGUGAGCUGCAAGAACUGCAACAGCAAACUGGGCUGGAUCUAUGAGUUUGCCACCGAAGACAGCCAGCGCUACAAGGAGGGACGCGUGAUCCUGGAGAGAGCGCUGGUCCGGGAGAGCGAAGGGUUUGAGGAGCACGUCCCAUCCGACAAUUCCUGAAGAGACUUGAGUCUCCUUGCAGGUCCUCUUCAAUUGAAACUCGAAAAUAAUAAAAUCAACAACAACAACAAAAAAAUCUGCUUACAUACACUGUCACCUUAGCAUCAGAGUUGGAUUCAUGGACUACAGAGUGGGAAAGAUUGUGAGAGUAUUUCAGAUGGAACUUUCCUUUCUUUAUUCCUUUUAUAUUUUACUUUCCCUCCAGCAGCUCUUUGUAGAAAGAAUGUAGUGCAGAUGCUGUAACUUUUUCUCUCGUGCAUUUACAUCUGUUAGAUUUGAGAUCGUAUCUACAGAUGCAAUGGGCAUAUUUAUAUGGCAAUAUUUGGGGGAUUUGUCUUUUGUUAGAGAAAAAUGCAGUGAGUUUUUUUUAGUUUGCACAAACUGAUGCCAGCGUAAUGUUAUUUUAAAACUGCAGAUGUUUUUUUAAAACUAUACUCCAAUUUUGGCUUAAUUUUUUAGUUAGUUUUUGUUUGGUUGGUUGUUGGUUUUGGGUUUUGGUUUUUGUGGGGUUUUUUUACCCAAUCUUUUCACCUGACUUGCUAGCUAAAGUGAAGAGUUACAAAUUUGUGCCGAGUGCAGAAGGUUCAGUGUUGGUACAGCUUGAGCUGGCCCUUGUGCCAUAUUCUUGUUGAGGAUGAUUGAUAGCACAGAGCCCAUUAUUUCUUGUCAUUCUUGAUGCAAAGAUGUCACCAUUCCUUGGUUAUUUGUGAAGUCCCAUUUGCCAUGUAAAAUGGUGUUGGUUUGAAACUAUUCUUGAAAUAGGACAAAACUGCUUGGCUUUUUUUAACUUUAACUGAUGUAACUCAUCAGCAUAGUAAUAAUAUAAGAUGAUAGUUGUCUUUUUUGUCUUGGAUACAGAUCAGAGGCUGUGUUUGUAAUGAUAGGGAUCCACUGAGAAACUACUGCUUUAGUAGUAAUACAUUUUGUUUUGUUUCUCUAUUAAUCUCGUUAAGACGACAGGCAAUUGCUGAUCUUAAUUCUUCAAGUAGCUAUAUUUAAACCCAGAACUUCCUAUGUUAAACACAGCUGGUGUGUAAAAGGAGAAUAUUGCCAGCAUGUUUGUUCAUGCCUAGAGUUAUGCAAUCUGCGUCUGUUGAAAAAAAUAAUUUAAACAGCUUGUUUUCAAAUGCUGCUUCUGGUUUUAAAACCUUUAUCUUUCAACUUCAUUGAACCUUUUUGUUGUUUUGUUACAUUUUUAUCUUUCUGAGCAGCAGUACAUGUCAGCCUAGUAGUAACUAGUGACUUGGAGUCCUGUUUCUUGUAGAGGUCAGCUCUGUUUAAACCAGUGAUCUUGCUUGCUUUUUUAGCAAAAAUGCUCUUUAUUAACUUAACUCAAGAUCGCCCAGACACUUGAUUUGUGUCUUAAGCCAUAAGUUAAGAUCUCAAGGGCUGAAAUUUAUUUGAAUGUUAGGUAUGAUUUAUUAUCAAAGAUCCUAGCUUGGUUUUUUUUCUCUUACUGGGUAAAUUGUGGUUCAUGUGAAGUAAGUUAUGCACAGAUGUACAAGAGAGGAAAAAAACCCACCCAAUCAAACAGAUCUGGGCUCUGUCCUUUCAGAAUAACUUUUCUUCACUAGCCAACAGCUCCAUAUCUGAAACUAAAAUGUGGAGGGUGACUAUGCAGAGUAUUUUUCUUAGUUUUUCUCUUUGCCAAAGGGCAAUUUGGACACCCCUGACUUGAAUUUACUGCCUAUUUAAUGUAAAAGUAGCUUUAUUUAUAGAAUUGUCCCAUAUAAAGAAAACAGUAGAUCACGUACCAGAGCUGUGCUUGAAUCAAGCUGCUUAAACAAUAGUGUACUUGUGCCUCAAAUGAAUCAGUUUUUGCACUGAGUACAGUAGUACCCCACUAUCUUGUACUUCUGUCCUUCACAGGCCCUAAAAGCCCCAUUAGCAUGGUUCUCUGCAGUACUUUUCUUGUACUUCUGACAUUAAAGUACAAUAAAGUAUGUUUUGUCCUGAAUUGA